AUGCAGAAUUUUCCGCAGGUCAAAUAAUAUUAGCAGAAAAUAUGUGGGGCUGUUCAUCAGCACGCCGUACUGGUAAUAAUGUGGAUUGGGGCAAAGCGACCGUCAUUGCGGCGUGUUUGUCGACAGUGAUUUUCGCAGUGUCGAGUGUCGUCGAUUCUGCGGGGCAACGGGGUGGAAUGCGACGUCGAUCCUCGUCAUCGUCGUCGAAAUUAUUGCCUGACGACCUCGUCGACAGGGACUUGUUCGAGUGUCGCAGUUCGGCGGACUGCGGAUUCGGAUUUUGUUGCGUCGUCGGAAUGGACAGAUACAGCGUUCCAACGUGUCGACGCCUGGGGAAACCAGGAGACCAGUGUAUCCCGAGAAACAAGCCCAGGAACGUAACCCUUUGGUACCCGAGGUACUCUGCAAAAACCGUUUCCGGUCUGGAAUUGGAUCUGACUGACGUUUACCGCAUUUUGUGUCCUUGUGACACUGGUCGGAAUUUGAGUUGCGAUCGUCGAGACGGAGUCUGUGCUGACAUCGAACUCACCACCAACAACCUGUUUUCUCAUCAUCGACGAUGAGAGAGGAUUUGUUUUUGAAAAUUAUUAUUUGGGUGCUAUGAUUAUUAUUUUUAUUUUCGUUUUUUUCGGGUGGUUA